UCGAUAGAGUGGCACAUAGAGACCUCACCUCGAACAAGGGAGUCUGAUUUAUUCCCUGAUGCACACUCCAACUUGAGCUACACAUGAAGCCCGUCCGUACCGAUAAGUGCUAACAUUUCGUCCUUUGUCCAGACUUUAGUUCAGGGUACUUGAUCAUUCUCGGACCCUUUCAACACACUGCCAACCAUGGCAAAAACGCUCCGACUCGGAGCUCGGCUCCGUUACCCCAUUACCGUGUCCAAAUUCCUCAAAAAUCAUGGCGACGAUGUUUCCAAGCAAGAACCCAUCCUUCGAUAUACCUUCAACUUUAAGCGCAAGAUUGGCGACCCGACUAUAAACGAAGAGCGUGAGGUAGAAGAAACAGGUGUCGCAGAUUGGGACAGCCCUGCCGAGGGCAAAAUCAAGCAAUGGCGGGUUAAGAUAGGAGACGUAAUUAAGAGUGAUCAGGACCUUGUCACUAUCGAGGAAUCCUGCAGUCACGAAGUACAAUACGCUGGUCUUUGCGCCAUAUGCGGUAAAGAUAUGAAAGAGGCGACGUAUGCCAGCGAGUCGCUCGACACUGAGCGCGCCACAGUCGCCAUGGUGCACGAUAAUAUCGCCCUGACUGUCAGUGCGGAUCAAGCCGCACGCGCCGAGAUGCAAUUGCAACGCCGAUUGCUUCAAGACCGGAAGCUCAGUCUUGUCGUCGAUCUGGACCAGACGAUUAUCCACGCCUGUAUCGAUCCUACAGUGGGUGAAUGGCAACGCGAUCCGUCGAAUCCCAAUUACGACGCAGUCAAAGACGUGCGAAGCUUCCAGCUCGAUGAUGGUCCGCGGGGUGCGGCCAGUGGCUGCUGGUACUACAUUAAGAUGCGACCGGGCCUGGCUGAAUUCCUCGAAAGGAUAUCCCGGCUAUUCGAAUUACAUGUUUAUACAAUGGGGACUCGCGCGUAUGCUCUCAAUAUCGCUAAAAUUGUUGAUCCUACGCAGAAGCUCUUUGGAAACCGGAUAAUCAGUCGAGACGAGAACGAUAGUAUAACGGCCAAGAGUCUGCAACGAUUGUUUCCUGUAAGCACCAACAUGGUCGUGGUCAUUGACGAUCGAGCGGAUGUCUGGCCACGUAACAGGUCGAAUUUAAUCAAAGUCACCCCGUAUGAUUUCUUCACGGGCAUCGGAGAUAUUAACUCUAGCUUCCUACCCAAGCGAGAAGACAUUAUAGCCGCACCACCACCCCCCGAGAUGAAGUCGGCCAGUGGUAACCCCGCGCGGCCUGACAUCAAUGGAGGCAAUACAACAAAUCCCAUACCGGAUAAUCAGAGAGCAUUGGCUAACGGUAGCGACGAGAGUGCGAUUCUACAACUACAAGCAGAAGAGCAGGAGCGUACUCUGGAAAAACAACUGAAAGACCGCCCCUUACUACAUCUGCAGGAAGAGCUGGAUAAAGUGGACGAGGAGGCCGAGAAGAACUCUGUAGAGAAUGGCGACGGUUCGGAACUUGCUACAAACGGAGAGUCGGAAAGCCCAUCACAUCAACGGCAUAAGCUUUUACGGGAUGACGAUAAAGAGCUCAAAUAUCUCGAACAACAUCUCACCAGCCUCCACCACUCGUUCUACGAGCAAUACGACGCUCGAUGUGCGAAUCGCCGAACUGGUGACAUCGUGCCAGAUAUAAUUCCCGAUGUGGGAUCAACUCUCAACUUCCUUAAAUCGCAAAUCCUCAAGGGCACGAAACUUGUGCUUUCCGGACUCAUUCCGCUAGACGUUGACGUACGCAGAUCCGAGAUCGGGAUGCAAGCUGAAAGCUUUGGGGCUGAGAUACGGACGCGCGUGAGCGAUGAGAUUACCCAUCUAGUCAUUAAUAUGUCACGCCCACGAACUCAAAAGGUUCGGCAGGCGGCGCGCAUUCCGACGAUUAAAAUAGUAAACCAAAAUUGGCUUGCGGAUUCCAUCGCACAAUGGGUGAAGCUCGACGAAACACCGUAUCUUAUACAAGUACAUCCUGCCGAUCGAAAUGCGGAGACACCUUUAGAGGAAGGCUCGGCCUCACCUCCGCGGCCGAAAAUCACCAUCGUCAACCCAGGCCGUCCAUUAUUCGAAGACGAAUUAAACGAUGCCGUCGAUGAUGGCGAUGCAGACGGUUCAGGGGAAGAUGAAGACGACGAUGAAGACGAAGAAGACGAGGAUGACGAAGAGUUCAAUGACCGAUACAACGUAAUGCCGCCCGAGAUUGGAGACGGUCAGCAUAGUCCCAUAGACGACCUCGAUGGGAUGGAGUGGGGCGAUGUCGAUAAGGAACUUGAGGAGUUCAUGGGAUCGGAUAUGGACGACUCCGAUUUCGAGAGCACUCAAGGGACUGACCACGGCACGGAUACGGACUCUGAGGAACCUAAGAGCAGAAAGCGUAAGCUAGGCGACGAUGACGACGACGACGAUGGUGUCAGCGAAGAAGCUGAAGGAAGUGUGUUAGCUAAGAAGCAGCGCAUCGCGAAAGCGAGGACUACGGGUCUUCGAAAUGUAAGAAACGCCACAGACGAAGAAGAUGAAGAGGACAGCGGAUUGCCUACGCCGAUGGGCACUGGAGACGAAGAUGAUGCCGCGCGAGAGGCAACUCUCAAAGGUAAUGGGGAAGCCAACGAUGACGACGAGGAAGAUGACGAUGACGAUGACGACUUUGCCGACUUAGAGGCCGAGCUAGAGGCCGAAUUACAAGCAGAAGGCGAAGGGGGCUGAUUUAUCAACCUACUCUUAAGAGAAGCACGAUAAGGGCUAGGGGUUGGUAGAGAGGCAGGAAAGCAGUGUUUUGUUUUAUUUUUCGACAGGAUUGUCCGUCUGUAUCACGAGUGGACGAAUGCAUGACUCUGGCGGCGCAUAAAAAAAACAGGCACAUCAUCAUAAUCAUGUUUAUCAUCAUCAUGCUGUGUAAGACUCAUUACCUAUUUCCCCUUUAUCAUCGCGCGAGGACAUGAUAUACUCGGAUCAAUCGUAAUCGGUACCUAUUCAUACUUGAUAAAUCUCCGAGGGGAGUUAUUAUAAGAGGAGUUAUUUUGUCGCAGUAGUGCAGAGACACAUAGGAGUCGGGGAGUGUAGGCUGGCUGGCAUUUAGGUACCUCCUAUGAUAUCCAACCUUGAAUUAAAGGGGAGUUGUUAAGUGGGAAAGAGAUGGGGGGGUUCGGUUCUACUUGAGAGGUUUGGGUUGUUUUUUUUGGAGGGGGUUUUUUUCUGGCUGCAUAGCGCUUUUAUUUUAGUUGAACCGUUCGGGGGACUAUACAAUACACGAAUGUUUUUCUCCGCUUGGGUUUGUCGUCGAUUACCUUGGGAAUAUGUAUUGCAUGUACAUAGGUGCCUACCUUGGAUUGUGCAUAAUUUAUGAGCUUAUACUCAUAGUUACCUUAUACAUGAUAGUUACACAAUAUCU